AUGUUCCACGAGCGUUGCCAGUCGUCAGAAUUCCUACUCGGGAUUCAAAGCUACUCCCUUGAUGAAGGAAAAAGGAAAGGAAAAAAAAAAAUUGGCGAGGUGAGAUCAAGGGGAAGAGGAGAAGAGGGGGAAGAAGUGGAGGAAGAGGAAGAAGUGGAGGAAGUUGAGGAAGUGGAGGACGAAGAAGUAGAGGGGGACGAAGCGGACGAAGAAGUACCACCUGAGAGGACAGAAAAAAGGAGCCAUCAAAAUAAGUACAGCUCAAUUGCUAGCAAGUUUGAAAAAAUAAAAAAAUUGAGCCACCCCAAUGUGUGCAGUUAUUUCAGCUUAUCUCGAAGGGGAGAUGAUUUUGUAUUAUCUUCUGAGUACUACUCUUUGUCCUUGUACGAUCUGCUGCGCGAGGAAGAAAUGGACAUGGUCAAUUUGAAAUGCGUCCGGAGGGCACGAAAAGGGGGGGUAGUAGGAGGAGCAGGCGUAGAAGGGGCUGCCGUAAGAGGAGCAGUCGCAGAAGGAGCAGGCGUAGGAGGAGCAGUCGCAGAAGGAGCUGCCGUAGGAGGAGCAGGCGUAGAAGGAGCUGCCGUAGGAGGGGGAAAGGAUUGCGCGAGUGCCCCCCAGGAGGGGAGCAUCCCUAGGAGGAAGCUCAUCGAUGCUCACACUAUGAAACAAAUAGCUAAGCAAAUCCUUUCAGCAGUUCAUUAUCUUCACUCCAAAGAAAUAAAAAAUUUGAACUUGUCAUUGAAGGAUGUGCUAGUAACACCCAAGGGAGGAAUCAAGAUUCACAACUAUUGCAUGUCGUACUUGUUUGGUAGCUACUCCUGUGGUCCUCGUGAUCGGAGUGACCAUUUUUUUAAGAGAACAUUGAAGUAUGCCCCUCCCCAAGCAGAGACUCUCACUAAUGUGAAAGGAGAAAAAGACGGUGAAAAAAACAGACACAUACGAAGGGGUAUCCCCCGUGUAGAUAACAAACGGCUUGUUAGUAACGCUUUGUAUUUCCCUCCUUUUUUUUUGCUCAACGAUUUAACGAAUGGUAAAAAAAAGGGGUCCUCCAACUAUGACCUGUGUAAACAUGUGGAUGUUUUCAACGUAGGGAUUAUCAUCCUGCAGUUGGUGAAUGGCAUAUUCGACUUUGACUUCGUUUUGAGGAAUUGUCAAUCCUUUUGUGGAGAGUCCACCUGGGAGGAAACCCCCCUCUUGAAUGAACUUAGCCAAGUUAUUGGGACCCUCCAGCGGAUGCGCCAAGACAGUGAGGAAGCGUUGCAGCCAUGUGGAAGACACACCGAUGGUGAUGAGACUUCACUUUACGUUGACAAACCAGCGGAAGGGGAAGGCACGUUGGAAAAGGUGAAGGCCAUCUUUGUGUUCCUUCUCUACACGAAGGCUUAUCUCCUUUUUUCGGAUGUGGGCGCUGCGCGGGAGGUCAGUCUCCUAGGCAUGAAUGUGCACCUCCUCUUUCGCGCAUUUGGGAAGCACCGCCACGGGGGCGGCGUGAACUGUGAGAAGAAGUGCCGGGCGAACUGUGAGAAGAAGUGCCGGAAGAAUUGCUCGACGAAGUGCCGGACGAACUGCUCGACGAAGUGCCGGACGAACUGCUCGACCAACUGCGCGCAUGCCAACCUGCUGACCUACCGGGUGGUGAAGAGCCUCAUCGAACUGCUGACCAACGUCAGCGUAACUGUCCGAUUCGUCAAAUGGGUCGAGAAAAUUCUAUCUGAGUUUUUCACUCUACAUGUGCUGAAGCAAAACGUGGAGAAGAUAAUGCACCAAGGGGAUGCUCAAAAUGAGAAAAUUUUUUUUUUUAACCUUCUGCAUAAGUGUUUGUCUAUACGAGGUGGUGAGCAAAAUGGUUCCACUUCGCUCCUUUCUCACCCGUACUUCUACCCCCGGGGGGGUGUACCCACUUGCCCUCGGGACACGAGCAUCGUAAUGAAGCAGUGGAGAGGGGAACAGCCACAAGGGAGGAGAAGGACUCCCGAACAGGGGGUUCCUUCCCCAAGAGGUGAUGAUCCACCUCGCAUAAAGAAUAACAACCACGUGGUGAUGAUAACCCCACAACAGGGAGACACAGAAUCAUAUUUUAUAUCCCAUUCGAAGGAAGAAAAAAAAAUCGAACAGACCCAUUACAACCAGUAUGUAAUUGAAUACGUUCGAAGCAAUGUCAGGGAAGAACAGCACCAACUGGAGAGCAAACAUUUUAUAAUGACGAAGGAUAUACAUCUCUGGUUUGGUAUGCUGUAUAAGGUGGACUUCUUCAACGAGAUGUUGUACCUAAAUGGGGUUAACAAGGCAUGUAGUAUUUUGAGAUUGCCUUACAUAGUGUAUAGAAAGAAGAAGCAAUUUUAUGAGUUAUUUUUUUUCCGUUUUUAUAAACUCCUUCUGUUGGGGAGAUACCAAGGGGUGCUUAACGUGUAUUCGCAUUUCGUGAGAGGGGACUCAAAUGUAAGGUUCUCACGACGAAGUGGAAGCUUUGGGUGUACCUACAGAAGGGGGAGGUGUCGUGCGGACUUGUUCACUAGAGGUACCUGUACAAAUGGAUAUACCUUCUGUGUGAAGGGGAGAAGACUCCUCAUGGGCAGGAAGAACACACUCGGUAGGAAGAACACACUCGGUAGGAAGAACAAACUCGGUAGGAAGAACAAACUCGGUAGGAUCACUCACCAGGGUGUCAUUUUCACGAGAGAUAACAUUUUAGAGAAUAAUAAGUGGGUGCAGACCAAUGCAUACCCUUCCGAUGGGAUGACCGUCACCAAACAGGAGCAGCUUUAUAGAGAGAAAUACACAUCCCUGCCGAUGCGUGAUUGCAGCAUGAAUAGAGUACUCGGGGUGAGACUGAUAGAAUUUUACGACGCGCUGGAGGAUGCCUAUAGGUUAGUCCAGUCGAAUAUGCAGAACGGUGCAUGCGACCUAGUGAACAACGUGACAUGUGUGUACGAGAAGGAUCACUCCUUCCUGCAUCAGUAUAGUCUCCAUUUAAAAUUGCAGAAAUUGCUGACGUUCGACCCGCUCAACAACUGCGAAUUAGAGAAAGAGGUGAGGAGAGGAUUCCCAGACCACAUGAGGGGGGUAGCCUAUUUGACGCUCCUUGGGUAUAGGUACUACUUGCUCGUGAGGCAGGCACCGGGGAAGAAAAAUAAAAUGAGACGAUUAAUUUGUGAGGCUUCUUCGAGGGGGGAAGCAGAACUGUCGGUUAAGCGGUUAGGAGAAAGCCCGCAAGGGGGGGACUUCACCAGGGAGACACACCAAAUGAACGCGUCAGAAAAUUGGGGAUCGAAAGGGAGCAUUCACCAGUCGAGUGGAAACACAGAGAGAAGCAAUGAUAGAGGUAGCAGGGAGGGGGAAGAGGCUAAAGAGGGGACUAUCCAUGAGGACCCCUUCGCUACCGCCAAAUCGUCGUUGAAAUACUUUCUUCAAAAACGUAGGCGAUACAACGACCUGGUGGGAAGCCCCCAAUUUGCGAAGAGAAUGCUCACACUCGAACUACUACUUAACAUAAAAUUGGGAGUAAGCAAUAAACACCUGAGGAGCUUGCUCCUUCCAUUAUGUCUACUCUACUAUGAUAGUAUUUACUUAUGCUACAAAUGCAGCAAACGGGUGGUGCAGAAUUAUUUGCUGGAUCUAUACUCAAGUGAGAAGAACUGGAGGGAAUUCGCCUACACUUUUAAUUGCUUGCUAAGUUAUUACUCCCCCGAAUUGACAUUAUUUUUUUUUAAAAACGGCAUCAACAUCGAGAGGGUGGUUUAUAGUUGGGUGUGCUCUCUAUUUUCCAACUUCUUCAAUGCGCAAAAAUUCUUUUGGUUACUUGAUAGGAUACUUAUUCAACCAAGAUGUUACCUUUUUUUUGUCUCCAUCAGCAUUUUGAUUUCCCUAAAAAGGUACAUCAUUAUGAACAUGUGCAAGGCCAAUUUUUACAAGUAUAUAUUUUCGCUAGCUUGUUUGGUGAACCUAAAUUUCGUUUUGAAGACUUCCAUUGAUAUGUUUAGCAGUUGCCCGAUGACGCAGGUGCAGUUUCCUCAGGUAGGUACCGGUCUUGGGGAAGAAACGAACAACCAGGAGGGGACGAAAAAUCCCAACCAUGAUGAGAACCUGCUUGAAAAUGAACGGUCCCAUAUUAACUACCUGCCCUAUCUCAUCGGGGACGCCAACUGGGUGCGCUAUUACGUGCAUAGGGACACGUUUAGGGUGUACAGGAAAAAAGGCGGUAGUCUCUCCCUAGGUAGGGGCAGCGGCAACGGAAACGGUGCGAGAGGGGGACAGGCUCCCUUCAAAGGGAGGAAAAUUUUAAUUAAAAAAAACGGCUUGGUCAGUAGGACAACUGUUAAGUCGUUAGGGGGAGGGGCAAAUGAAGCAGAAAAAUUAAAGCUUGAAAAAUUAAAGGUUGGAAAAUUAAAGGUUGAAAAAUUAAAGCUUCAAAAAUCAAAACUGAAAAAAAUAAAACGUAAAAAAUUAAACCAUGACAACAACUGGGGGGAAAGUGGCGACUUUGCCAACUUGCUCUCACCAGGAGUAGCACAGGAAGAUCAAAGAGGAGACGCACAAAGGGGCAAGACAAAAACGCGAAGCGUUGCGCAUCAUUGCGAAUUAUUUUUACGGAAUUACAAGAUAAACAAAAAAAUAAAAAACUUAAGUGAGUUCUCUCACUAUGAAACGGACGUCGUGACAAAUUAUAAAUGUGAAGAUAAAAAGAUGGGGGGGGAAAAAAAAAUAAAAAAUAAAAGUAGCAGAUCCAAGUGCGUGUACUACAAGUUAACAAAUAAAAAAGUUAAAAAGAAAUUCAAAAAGGAAGAUCUUGUUAGGCUGUGCAACUUUCCCAUGUUUCCAUUUGUAUACGUCACAGACUUGGCGAACGAAUUAUCUCUUGAUAGUUACCUAAUUGUUGAUAUGAGAUCUCCAGAAGAGUUUAAAAAAAAAAGACUAAAACAUUCUGUGCACGUUAACACCUUUUUAAUCAACUUUAAAAAAGGAGUUUAUAUCGACUACACAGAUGGUAGUUACGAGGUGGACACCCACUUGAAGACGAUUAUCCUUGCGUUUAGCAGCUCCACUUUUGACUUUGAUGCAAUUUACAAUUUUUUGAACUUAAAAAUUAAGCGUAUCACCAUUCUGUGGGGAGGUUUGCACUGCGCUUUUAGUGGCUUGCCGGCGAGUUGUUUCACGUAG